AUGGCCGAGAGGCACCCGCAGACGAAAACAUCCUUCCUCUUCGUGCAGCUGCGGGCGCCCCCUGCGCGCGUGCGGCCCGCCCCGGCUCCAGCGCGGACCGCGGCCGCGGGGGGCCCGGAGGAGGGCCGCCCUUUCCCCGGUCCCGGGGCCGGCUCCUCGGCGGGCGGGGCCCUCGGGCCCCCUCCCCGGGCUGGCCCGCCCCCGCCGAGGCCGGGCCGUGGGACCGCGGCGCCAGCUGCCCCCUGUUGCUCGGCUCCCGCGCAGGGCGAGGAGAAAACCCGGGCCCUGGAUGCGCGGAGGGGGCGCGCUCGCGGACCCCACGGUCGCAGGCGCUCCCCGGCGCCCGCCUCCGGCGCGCGUGGACGGCGGCAGCCCCGGCCAUGCAGACCCCCUAGCCCGGCUCCCGGCAUGGCCGACGGCGGCCGCAGCCCCUCGGCGGGCUGGACUCCCUGGCCGGACGGUCCUGCCCGUCCCGGCCCGCAGGCUCGGGACGCCUCGGGGUGCUCCCUUCCGCAGGCCCAGGCUGCCGACGGCGCUCAGAGCCCGGGGUCCCGGCGCGGAGCCGAGGCGUCGGCCCGCAGCCCCGCGCGCCCGCGGAGCACUCAGGGCACGGGCACCCCCGCGCGGGCCAGCCGCGCCAGGCUCUGCAGGCACCGUGCGCCCCUCCAGACCAGCAGGAGCUGCGCCGCCCCGCCUGCCGCCCUGCCUCUCAAGGCAGAGACAUUUGUUUGGGUUAACAAUGCAUCAGCACAUUCCCAGAGUGUUGCCAAGGCCAAAUAUGAAUUUUUAUUUGGCAGAUCUGAAGAGAAAACUCCAGAUACUAGUGAUCAUGGAGGAAGCACUUUACUCCCCCCGAACGUCACGAAUGAGUUUCCGGAGUAUGGGACCAUGGAAGGAAGUGGAGAAGGCUUGAGAGCCUCUCUGGAGUUUGAUGCCGAGUCUCUGCUGCGCUGCCCAGGGGGCCCGCAGGGGGCGCAGCCCCUUGCCGACCAUCACUCUGGGCCUGUCACUGUCACCAGAGGACCAAAAGACAUCAGAGGGCUCCCAUCUCAAAGUCACUUCAAGGAACCGAGUUUACAACCCAUUGACUCUCUGAUCUCAGCUCUGAAAGCCACAGAGGCCAGAAUAGCUUCAGGAACGUCGCAGGCUACAAAGGUACUGGAUGGAGCUGCGGUUUCUACUUUUUCAGCUCAGCAGGGCGGGCAGGAGCCAGACACCGCCAGUCAUAAAGCACGGAAGGCCCACGUGCUGUUCCCUGCUGGCUGCGAAAAGUUGCCCGAUAUACCUCUUUCAGCCAAAGUUCCGACUGGGGAACAUUUUUAUUUGAGCAUCCAGGAGGAUUUGACUGCACUAUUAACUGGAGAGACUCAAGCAGAGCCAUCCCUAAGAGCUAGUAAUGGAAGAAAGGGGGCUGUCCACGUGCAAGAGCCAGCUGGUCCAGCAUCCUUGGUGGGCAGCCCUGCGACCCCCAGCUCAGCGGGCGGUGCCGGUUUGUUGAGAGAGAGGAGGUCUGACCAGAGAGAGCACCCCGGGCAGUAUGCUCAAGGACGCCCAGGCCAGGGCAAGCAUGUGGCAUUUCAAGGGGUGGAAACACCGUGGACUGGAGGGGAGGAGAGAGAGAACAGGCACCCUGCGGGUGUUCAGAUGCCGCCAGGAAGGACAGCCCCUCCCGAGAGCAAAGAGUUUUCCAAAGUGCCCAGCCACCUUGUCUCGUCUGCCGCUCUGCGUGACUCAGCUCCUCCCGAGAGGCCGUGUCCCGCCGAGCCUCUGCUUGAGACGGUAGAGGACGAGGUCUUCUUAAGGGAGGACAAGGAGCACCUGGAGAGGAGAGCUGAACCGGAGAGGGCCGGGGAAAGGAUUCUUGAGCAAGUGGAGCACUUUCGGGGUGGAGAUGAUGACAUCCUUGGGUCCGGAUACGCAGAAGACUCCACUGAUGUGUACAGCUCCCAGUUCGAGACCAUUUUAGACAACACCUCUUUAUACUACAGUGCUGAGUCCUUGGAGACUUUGUAUUCAGAGCCCGACAGCUACUUCAGCUUUGAAAUGCCCCUCACUCCAAUGAUACAGCAACGCAUUAAGGAAGGCGGGCAGUUCCUCGAAAGGACGUCGGCGGGAGGACAGCAGGAUGUCCUGAGCAUCUCGGCAGACGGCGGGAUAGUGAUGGGCUGUUCCAGUGGGAUCGCCAACGGGCUGAGUGGCUCCAGUAACUCCAUCUACGUGAAGGGCACCCCAGAGAUCGCUUUCUGGGGAAGACCUCAACGGAAGGAGUCUAUCGUCCGAAUGGAUGCCCCAGACUGCAAUGCUGGGGUGAAGACAGCUCUGCUAGAGGCUCAUUCUGAAAUGGGGAGCACUGAAAUUCUGGAAAAGGAAGCCUCAGGGAGUCUCAGUAAUUGUACCAGCAGCAACAUCGAAGCAGCCAAAAGGCUGGCCAAGCGCCUUUAUCAACUCGACAGGUUCAAAAGGUCGGACGUGGCAAAGCACCUAGGCAAGAACAAUGAAUUUAGCAAACUAGUUGCGGAAGAAUAUUUGAAGUUUUUUGAUUUUACAGGAAUGACACUGGAUCAAUCUCUCAGGUAUUUCUUUAAAGCAUUUUCUCUUGUGGGAGAAACCCAAGAACGAGAGAGAGUUUUAGUACACUUCUCCAAUAGAUAUUUUUACUGUAACCCAGAUACCAUUGCUUCACAAGAUGGGGUCCAUUGCCUUACCUGUGCAAUGAUGCUUCUUAACACAGAUCUCCAUGGCCAUAAUAUCGGAAAGAAGAUGACCUGCCAAGAGUUCAUCGCAAACCUCCAAGGGGUAGAUGAAGGUGGUGAUUUCUCCAAGGAUCUACUGAAAGCGCUGUACAACUCAAUCAAGAAUGAGAAGCUCGAAUGGGCAGUAGACGAUGAAGAGAAAAAAAAGUCUGUGUCCGAAGGUGCCGACGAGAAGGCUAAUGGAACGCAUCCAAAGAGCAUCAGCCGCAUUGGGAGCACCACCAACCCAUUCCUGGACAUUCCUCACGACCCCAAUGCCGCUGUGUACAAAAGCGGGUUCUUGGCUCGGAAAAUCCAUGCAGAUAUGGAUGGAAAGAAGACUCCAAGAGGCAAGCGAGGAUGGAAGACCUUUUAUGCUGUACUAAAGGGGACAGUGCUUUACCUGCAAAAGGACGAAUAUAAGCCAGAGAAGGCCCUGUCGGAGGAGGACCUGAAAAACGCCGUGAGCGUGCACCACGCGCUGGCGUCCCAGGCCACCGACUACGAGAAGAAGCCCAACGUGCUCAAGCUGAAGACGGCUGAUUGGAGGGUCUUGCUUUUUCAAGCCCAGAGCCCGGAGGAAAUGCAGGGAUGGAUAAGCAAGAUUAACUGUGUCGCAGCUGUGUUUUCGGCACCGCCGUUUCCAGCUGCCAUUGGGUCUCAGAAGAAGUUUAGUCGCCCGCUGCUGCCUGCCACCACAACAAAAUUGUCUCAGGAGGAGCAGCUGAAAUCUCACGAGAGCAAGCUGAGGCAGAUCACCACGGAGCUGGCGGAGCACCGCUCCUACCCGCCGGACAAGAAGGUUAAAGCCAAGGAGGUGGACGAGUACAAGCUCAAAGACCACUAUCUGGAGUUCGAGAAAACCCGCUAUGAGAUGUACGUCCGCCUCCUGAAAGAGGGGGGCCUGGAGCUCCUGAGCGGCAGCAAGGGGGGCCCCGCGGGCCUGAAGAAGUCGCACUCCAGCCCCUCGCUGAACCCAGACACGUCUCCGGUCACUGCCAAGGUCAAGCGCAACGUGUCGGAGAGGAAAGAGCACCGACCUGAAACGCCGAGCAUUAAGCAGAAAGUUACUUAG